AUGGGCGGACAGCUCUUUUUCUCCGAGCGCGAUGAAAAGGCGAAAGAGAAGCGUCGACUCCUUAGAGAGAAGAAUGGCUUCGUCCCCGGAGCACACAAGGAGGAAGAUUCCAUUCGAAACAAAAACAAAAAACUUCCCAAGACAAAGAGGUUGCAUCAAGAGAAAUUGGGUCUUUGGCUCGACUUCACGGCAGAUCCCGAAAAUGGAUAUCAGGAUUACAAAACCUUUGAGGGGUGUGAGGCUCCGAGCCAUGACAUGGUGAAACAAUUCAUUCGUUGGCUUGCAAAAUCUACAUUAGGUCGACUUACCGAGGGCAAAGAGCCAACUGUGAGGUCUGCUCAGGCGUGGGCUGAGCAGUUCUUCGGUGGUUUCGCUGAAUUUACCAAAACCGAAGUCAUUCCAGAGGAUCGAACGGAAGUCUACCAACCUGGUUGUGACAUUGAAGACGAAGCAAGACAAAGCAAGAAGUCCUCCCGAAAGGAACCGCCCACUUCAGAGCUUCCUAACGUUGAGGACAUUUUAGAAAAUUUUCCAGAAAAAGAUGGGGCCAAAAACGAUGAGGGAGAAUAUGAAGGCAGUCUCCAAGAGAAGGCAAGCGAUCGAAAACCGCGCUGUGAUAUUCCAAUUCAUCUCACCAAGACGAGAUCACAACAGCCUCGGCAUCAUUUGGCUGAACCGAGCCCUCAAAAACUGCGACAGAAACUCUAUGCAAAGGAGAGAAGAAAAAUGCUUGAAUUCAAGAGCCAGAAUCUGACCUUAAGGCAGAUUGGACCCCACUUCGCAGACAUAGAUACGGCCUUUCUGCGACAGGCCUGGCAGGAUUUAGAGCUUCCCCAGCGAUGCACCAGAUCCGGGGCUAAUCGGAUGGCCCGUCAGAGGUAUGCUCGCUAA